UUGUGUGUGUUUAUUUUAACUAAGUACUCUGUGUUGGAAAAGAAGGGACUUACUUUAACAAUGGAAAUUUCUCAUGUGAGGAGAUAUUUUAGUGAGCACACCAUCUGGUGACUGCAAGAGUGCUGUGUUUUCAUCUUCACUUAAGCAUUGAAACUGAGAUGAGAAUCUGCUGACAGGAUGGUGGGAAAAAAACAUCCAUUUUCCACCUUCAAGAGUAAACCUAGACAUUCUCUGGCUUCUGGUGCACAAAAGAAAAUGAAACAGCAAAGAAGAGUGUCCACCAGUUUAAAACCUCCGUCCACAUCAACUGUUAGACCAGAUGAAAGAAAGAAAGAAGAUUUUCUGAAAUGUGGGCCUUGUGGAUCUAUUUUUCACACUCUUACCACCUUCAUAACCAUAAAAGGUAUGGUUACCGGUUGUCAGUCACUGAGACUCUCUAGUUCUACUACAGCUAAAGAAAGCUCCAGUAGUAGCUUGAAGUCACAUUUCUUGAAGGCUGAUCACACCCAUAAAAGAACAGUGCCUCAUUCUACUUCUGGUAAAAAUCCUUCAUCAGUGAAUGCUGCUACAAAAAAGCCAUCUGCUACGAAUAUAUUUGAAAGAAAUACUCCAGAUACAAAUCGAGAUGAAAGAAAAACUUCAGAUACAAGCUCUUCCAACAGUACUGGGCGACAGAUCCGCAUCCCCAAAUUAACCCCAAAGAUGCUAGCAUUACAACAGGAGAAAAUGAAUUUUAAAAUGGGUAUUUUUCCUACUCAGAGGGAAUCAACAAUUAAGGAGAUAAAGUCACCAGAAGUUUCUGUGAAGGGUACCAAGCAGGCUUGUGGAGAAUGUGAAGGUUGUUUACGAGUAGAAGACUGCGGUGAAUGUGCCACAUGUCUGGAUAAAAAAAAAUUUGGGGGCCCAGGAAGAUUGAAGAAGAAGUGCUUGUUGAAAAGUUGUGAAGAGUUUACUAUCAACAGAGUGUAUCAAGUAGAGAAGGUCCUGGGUAAAAGAUACCACCAGGGGGUACUUGAGUAUCUGUUAAAGUGGAAAGGAUACCCAAGUUCUGAAAACUGCUGGGAACCAGAAGUGAACAUUCUCAGUAAGAACUUGAUUGAAGAGUUUGAGAAGCAGCAAGAGGUUGACGGGAGAAAAGGAAGAGAGAGGGCUUACUCCCCAGAACCAGUAAGAAGGAAGAUAAAAUCCCCUGCCAGGAAGUUAAGAGAGAAGUAUAUGUCCCCCAGACUACAACUGAAUAGCGUUAAAAUCCCAAGAACAUCAUCUAAUGAAUCCGUUACUGAAGUAGAAAAGAAACGGGCUAGAGAGAAAACUGAUUCUCCUGAACCAGUCACUAAAUUAAUCAAACUGGAAGUAGAGGAAUCUCCAAAAGAAUGUGAUCACCAGGAAGCCAAGGAACCAGCAAAUAAAACAUCUAGAGAAAACGAAUCUCUUGAACAUACACCAGUUGAACAAGAAGUGAGAGAACUGAUCGAGACAGAUUCUGCUUUACCAGAGCCUGAAGCAACAAUUUCUCAGAAAAACACUGAAUUAGAUCAAGAAGUAGGAAAAGUAACAAAGAAACAUCAUUUAUCUCAAGAUCCCAAAACUAUUAAACCUGCCAUGAUUAUAAAAAAUACAGAAAACAAACAUAGUAAAAAAGAAAUAAUGCUACAAAAAGACACAUUUUAUGAACAGAUUGGUUUGCAGAAAAAACGAGGCAGGGGACGUCCUAAAGGAACCAGAAAAGUUGGUAGACCUAGAAAAACUGAGGUUCGUGUAGGACGAAUCACAAAAAUGAAAGAAAAAUUUGCAAUUUUGAGAAAACAAAAAUCUUUUCACAGGCUGAAAUCACUAUUUCCUGCAACAAUGAAACCGAAAGGGAGUGUUGAUAACAAUGAACAGAAGUUAACAACUAAUAAUACUUCACCAAAUAAUUAUGAUAAUGGAGAUUUUGAACUAGAGGAAUUUGACAAAGAUGAAGACCAAAUAAUUGAUGAAAAAGGAAGGACCAUCACUGAUACAGAACAAAUUACAUCUUCAGAAAGUGAGGGUCGAAACAGACGUUCCACUAGUCUUGCUGCUCGAAAUUUCAUCAAGUCUGUGUGUCGAAGAAUACAAAACACAAAGAAACUGGAAAAAAUUUGGGCUGACAAUGAAAAUAAGAUUCUUCAGAGGCGGUUUCUGGAGGAUUCUUCAGGUAGUGAAUGGGAAGAUGAAGAUGAUGAGGUUGCCUCGGAAGUUUCUAAUGAUAAGCCAGAUGAGGAUGGUGAUCCACAAAAAAAAGUGCCUAUGGUUAACAGAUUACUGUUGUUAGAAAAUUUCUUUAGAAAACCUUUUUUUUUCUUUUACCUGAAAGCUAUAGGUCUGGUCUGUUUGGACACAAUGGAAGAUAUCGUGGUAUGAAAGGAUUUCCAGGGAAAUUAGACCGAUUACGAAUGUUUUACAAUGUACAGAACCUACCCGAUUCUCUGAAGAAAAAGCCUGGAAGAAAGCCAAAAUCUUUUUUUGAGGGUCAACCUCUUAGUUUUUUCCAUGGCAUUACU